AUGGCGCAGGGACAAAAAAAGACGGCGAGUCGGUUGGUGAGUGAUAUCUGGGACAACACCGUCUCGGAGUGGACUAUGUGGAUGCGUGGCCUUCACGACGCUGAGUUCAACGUUUCUCUUGCCUUUGCCCUCUUCUGUGUACUUGUGGUGAUCAUCGGAAAUGUCGUUCUUCUCAUUGCCAUUAACUUCUGGCUAUCUAUAUUCCCGCAGGAGGAGAUGGCCACCAACUCCAGUCAGAUUGCCGUACAGGUCGUUGUCUGUACGUUCCUCGUUAUGUGUUUCUGCCUUGUUGGUGUGGUGUACGUGGUGAUCUACGGCGUGCGUCCGUUAUUGCGUGCGCUGGUCGCCACCAACCGUGUCCGUGGGCCCCUGUACCGCCUGCUGCUGCUGUUCGCCUCGGGCGCAACGAAUGGGCUGACAGGUGUGUUGGCAAUCUACUCUAUGUCACACACACCAGAGUUCCUGCAGGCGGUGUUGCUCAGCGUUAUUCCGUUCUGCGCGCAGCUCUGGACGUUCGCGCUCGUUCCAGAGGAACGCAAGCGUCGCUACGGUUCUCUCACGCUCAUCGCCUCGCUCCUGUGUUGUGUGGCGGGUGUGCUACUGUCGUCCAUGUCGUCUUUCCUCGACUCCUCAACGGGGCGGGCAGCGCCGUGGAACUGGGCGCUGGUGUACCUUGCCAGUGCUGUCGUGUUCGGGCUCUGGUGCGUUGUGCAGCGCCUCUACCUUGACGCGAUUAUGCUUCGGCACAGCGCGGCCCCGCCGGCAAGCUCACCGGACAUGGCGAGCAUAGAUCGGGUGAUUGCUCCGCCGGGCGAGAGGGAGGUCGAGCCCGUUUUUUCUGGUGCUGCUGCUGAUGAUGAUGAUGCUGCACCUGCGAAGGACGAUGCGAUGGAUGACUUGUACCGCGUGGGCACCAGCGACACGGCCGAAGCCUCACUGUCUGAUCCCUUGCUACUGGGCCAGCGCAAAUGGGGUAAGCAGAACAAGGACGACUUUGCCGCAAANGACACGGCCGAAGCCUCACUGUCUGAUCCCUUGCUACUGGGCCAGCGCAAAUGGGGUAAGCAGAACAAGGACGACUUUGCCGCAAAGACUGUGCUUCUUCUUGUUGGUGUUCUCUUUCAGACGCUCGUGUCCUUUGCGUUGCUCCCUGUUGACGCUAUUCCGUGGUUCGGUACGUCCAGCAACGUCUCAGAGGCCUGGCAUGGAUUCCGCGAUUCAUGUGACUUCAUCUUUGACUCAUGGGAAAAUGUGCGGUACGGCAUGCUGCACACGCUCGGCUUCUUCAUGAGCUUUAUUGGCUGUGCGUACCUGAACGAGCGGUCCCCCACACUGGCGUCUGUGGUGCUGCAGAUGGCGAGCCCCGUGACGGGCAUUGUUCUCAUAAUUGUGCCGAAGUGGGACGUGUAUGGCGCGCACGGCAACGUUGGCCACCAGGUCGGUGGCAUUGUCCUGCUGCUGCUCGCGGGUCUUUUCUACCAUGUCUGGGACACGGCGUCUCUGCAGGAAAUGCUGGAGAGGCAGGAGGUGCAGCAGCAGCAGCAGCAGUACCGCGAUGACGUUGGCGCUGGGCCGGAAGUCGGCGAGUCAUGCGGCACGGCGAUGCAGCCCGGCGCCCCACACGUCAGCGAGAGUUAA